AUGUGUUCUUAUGUAUCAGCUGAUUAUCAGCUAAAUCUAUCAUCACUUUGUGUGAUCUACAUUAAAGUUACAAACAUAUGAUCUAAGAGAAAGUUAUAAUACUGGAAAUUAUAUAUCUGAAUCCUAUAUUAUAAAGUAGAUACUGAUACAUACAAACAAGGUCCUUUAGCUGACUGCGAUUAGUGCGAAUAAAUCAUUAAUAGAUCAUGAAUGGAUUGUUAUUUGAAGCAAGAAAAGAUUGAACAGACUUCUAUUUAUGGUGAAACUAAUCAGUGUGUAAAAGAGGUUAUACACUUGUACACAGAACAAUUCCCAUAAAAGAUUCAAAGAAACCGGUAGUGUUUAGAAUAAAAAACCAUAAAUGCACGAGACAAAUGUGAAAGAUAUUAUUGUUACAAUUAACCAAAAUCCGUAUAUAAGAACCUGAAGGUUAUUAAACUAAAGUUUGUUUCAAAAUUAAAAAAUUUCUAUACGCCAUGGCUUCAGCUUCAAGUACAAGUGCUCGAAGCUUAUUUGUUGAGUCAAAAAUGAGAUUGGCUGAUAGAGUACAAGUUAAUGUAAACAAUAUUGCAUCCCUUGCAAGACAAAUACAAAGAGGUUCAAAAAGCAGUGAGAUAUUAAUGCACAGUGCAAAAAAUUUUGCACAACAAGAGCAUAGUUUAGAAACUGCAGAAGCUAAUCUAAAGAAAAUUGCUCUUCUAACCACUCAUUUAGAAUACCAAAUAGAAUCUAUCAGUAGAAGUUUUAUAACUUUGGAAGAAGUUACUGAACAAGUACGUUCUAUGCAAAGAUAAAUUAUAAUAAAUACUUACUUUAUAUCUUUA